UCCAAUUAUUGAAAGAAAUUUCCAACUCUUCCUUUUGGAAAAUAUCAUAACAUGGGUUUCCGUUUGCCUAGAAUUGUUCAUGCUAAGCAAAGUCUUCGACGAUCUUCAUCAACAGGAAAUGGAGCUUCUCCAAAGGCUGUUGACGUUCCAAAGGGCUACUUUACAGUUUAUGUUGGUGAGGUACAAAAGAAGCGUUUUGUCAUCCCACUAUCUUACUUGAACGAGCCCUCUUUUCAAGAUUUGUUGGGUCAAGCAGAAGAAGAAUUUGGAUAUGAUCAUCCAAUGGGUGGCAUCACAAUUCCUUGCAGUGAAGACACUUUCCUCAGUCUCACGCAGAGUUUAAACAACUCAUGAACUAGAGGGAUUGAUUUAGAAAACUAGGUAGUACAGGAAAAGAAUCAUAAUAGUAUAGAAUGUAUACUACAAACAUUUUUGAAACGAGAGAACUUGAUUCUUUGAAUUGAAGUUAAUAGCGUUCAUAAUUUUGAAUGAUA